CGCCAUGCCGCCCUCUGUCACGACUACUUUCUUGAUUUUGUCGGUUUUGCUGCUGGCCUUGCCGUCGGGGACGUAUGCUUUCGGUGCAGGCGAUAUCCCGGACUUUGCGUACUUGAAUGACAAGGCCUUCCGCCAUGGAGAUAUUGAAAAUAUCCUCACUGAACUCGCCAAAACUACUGGUCAGGCUGCUGCUGGCGGGGGCCUCCUCAGCUUGGCUCAGAACCUCUUGAGUACCGCUGCUGGUGGCUCGAAGUUCUCAAAGAACGAUGUAAAGAAAGUGUACUUUGGAAACUGGUUGCGAGAUUAUUCUCAGGCUAUGGACAUCGGAGGAUUGAGCAAGCUUUCGGCUGAUACUCUGGUUCUGAUAAUCGCUGUUCUUGGAUUUAUGACCUUCGGCUUUGCCACGCAGGAGUUUGAGGUCACCCCUGAUCGCCUUGGCGUAUAUUUACCAGUGGAACACAUUGACAAUCCCAAGGGUUACGCUGAGAAGGAGGGAGAUGCGCGCCAAUACCAUCCCAAGCUUCGCCCUCCUGUCGACCCUCGCGAACUCGAAAUCGACGAGCGGACUGGCAUGAAGAACUACAUGGCGACCGAAGACGGCGGAUGGGACACUUCCACCGCACACAUUCGACGCGUUUUCCGCGCCUGCAUCGAGAACGGCCGACGGGCACAGGGACGCGACGGCCCCGAGUUGUAUGAAGCCUACAGGCUGCUCGGGACGGGUUUGCACACUCUCGAGGACUUGCUUGCACACAGUAACUGGUGCGAGCUAACACUCAGGAAGAUGGGGCAUCAGGAGGUGUUUUGCCACGUUGGUGACAACGUUACUGUAAAUACCCCCAACGGCCCUGCGCCGCCGCUCGUCACUGGUACCUUUGGUGGCGCCGAUUUCUUGCACUCGCUCAUGGGUGAGGCUACCGACCACCUGAGUCAGACCAGCGUUGUCGACCUCACCUCGAAGAUGUCCGAGGCGCAAGGCAAGCAAGACACCAUCGGUCCGCUCAAGGACCUCCUCUCCAAGUUCUCCCUUGGCUCAGACUCGUCCGAUUCGCGCGCGUCGCAGGCGGACGACCUGCAGGCGAAGUCGAAGGCAUACGAGUUCAACCCGGACGACAUCGCGCCGCCUGAGGUGCAGCAGCAGCUGUGGGAGGUGCUCAAGUGGCGCGACGACAUCAUGCGCGAGAUUUUGCAGAAGAUCGAGAUGAUACCCGGGCUGAGCGAGUUGAUCGAUGGGUUUACGGACGCGCUGAAUGCCUAUGUGUAUACGGUUCUGGCGCCUUGGCUUACGCCGAUUGUCCAGCAAGUUACCACAGUCUUGGGGGAGGGCAGCAAGGCUGUCAUUAACUCGGCAGACGAAUACGAGGUUUUCAACAACCCGGACGCCUCUGAUCCCUCGCAUAGUUUGCUAUCCAAGGACCACUUCCAGCUGAUCUUGAACGAGCCUGCGGGCAAGGUCGCCCAGGUUGUCGUUCAAUACGCCGUGAACCUCAUAGUUCAGGCGUGGUAUAACGAUAACGAGGACCCGGAUCAGGUCAUCAGCAAGAUCCUCGAAGCCUUCCACCAUCCGUACUACGGGAACCAGAACUCGGAGAUCCAGCACGCGAUGUUCACGGCGAUGGACAAGUGGUUCGGCUCGCUGGGAUCGGAGGAGGGCCAGCAGGUCAUCCAGGCGCUGACGAAGGAGAGCGUGAAGGCUGGGAGGAAUAAGCGCCAAGGCUCGGACGAUGGGACGCAGACGUACGGUGUGGGCGGAGACGGCCAGGUCGGCGGGUAUGGACAGCAGCAGCAAGGCGGAUAUGGACGCCAGCAACAGCAAAGUGGGUACGGUGGCCAGCAAAGUGGGUAUGGUGGCCAGCAAGGCGGAUAUGGUGGCCAGCAAGGUGGAUACGGCGGCCAACAGAGUGGCCGGCGUACACCUACCUACGGCGCCGAAACUGCGGAGCAUACUAGACACAGCUCCCGGCGCCAGGAGGAAGAUACGUACCAGUCGAGCGAGACGCGGACGUAUGGGAGCAGCUAUAGCGAGGAGACGCCCGGGGAGAGCUAUGGGCGCCGCCGGCAGGAUGUGGAUAGUGGGUACGAGCCGACGUAUGGAGGGGGGCGGGAGGGAGAAGGGUAUGGAGGUGGCCGCCAGCAAGAAGGUUAUGGAGGUGGCCGCCAGGAAGGGUACGGAGCUAGCCGCCAACAAGAGGGAUACGAAGGCGAAGGCUAUGCAGGCGGUCGUACUCAGGAGUCGUACGGCGGCGGAGAGUCAUACGAGCAGCCUCAGGGCCACCACCACAAGAAUCACCACAGAAAGGAGGAAGACUCGUACGGCGGAGAAGAGUAUGGCUCCUCCCAGCGCACGGGCUACCAGCAAGAGGAGUCCUACGGCGGGCGUCGUGAUGAUAAUGAGGGUGAGUAUCAGCCGUCGUAUGAGCGCUCUUCUGAGGGGCGGGGCGGGUAUGAGAGGCAGGAGGGGUAUGGCCGCGAGGCUGCCCUGGAGACGGAGUCACGCAUGUAUGGAGGGCGUGAAGGAGGGUAUGGCGAGCAAGGAUAUGGAGGCCGUCCGGGAUACGGAGAGCAGGAGCAACGGGGCUACCAGGGUGGUAGAGUUGCGGGUGAGGGCGAAUACGGACGGGGAGGCGGUGAAAGUGAGUAUGGACGGGGUGGUGGCGAUCGUCCUGCCAGAGGAUAUGGCGGGGAAGGAUAUGGCGGGGAUAGCCAGGAGACGUUUGGUGCUGAACGGCUGAGGCUGGAUGAGGAGGGCGAAGGUGGGUAUGGUCGUAGGAGGGAAGGGAGUGGCUAUGGCGGAAACGAAUAUCAGAGCGGAUAUUAGACGAAGACAGCCAGAAGUACGCUUUCUAGUGUAACAAUGUAGCCUGCUCUAAGUACUAGAGUAGACAGAAUCAGCAGUGUAUUAGUCUCGACUCUGUAGUCCGUAUACUAGUAGACAUGUGAUUGGU